AGCGGCUCGGAGCGGCGGCGGAGCCGGCCAUGCGGAGGAGCCUGUGCGCCGCGGAAACGCCCCUGGCGGCGGCCGGGCCGGCCUCGGAGGCGCCGCCCGCGCUGGGGGACUGGGACUACCUGGCCGGCUGCUUCGCCCACGACAGAGUGUGCCUGUCCUUCGGCCUGUGGCUGCUGGCCGCCCUGCUCUGGAUCGCCGCCCACGUCCUGUGCUUUUACUUGGGAUGCUGCAAGAAGUCCAGCCGGGACCGGUCCGUACUGUGCGUGAUUUACCGCUUCGUGGGCAGCCUGAGUGACGCCUUUGGGGCCUUGCUCUCCAAGCAAAUCCCCAUCCAGGUCUUCACCGGCAUCUACCUGGCGGCCAUCGAGGUGGUUAACCUCAUGCUGCUGCUCUUCCCCAUCUGCGGCUCCAAGAUCAGGCCCCAGCUGGGUCGAUGCUCCCAGGAGAGAUCACGGAGGAAACUCCGGGCCAGCAUGUUUGUCCUCAUCGUGCCCCUGGGGGUGGGCACUGGCUGGCUGGCCCUGGCUCCCCCAGCUCCAGCUUCCCUGGAAUUCCACGGAGCACAGAGAAGGCUUCUGGGAAGCGUGCUGCAGGAAAACACAGAAGCCCUCGGCUACCUGCUUGGGGGGGUUGGACUGAUUGUCUCCUGGACUUCCCGGAUCCCUUCAUUCUCCAAAAUAUACCGAGGGAGAGCGUUUCCGUGUCUCCACCUGUGGGCGCGCGGCUUCUCGGCCCUGGCCGGCUUCCUGUACGCCUCCGCCAUCGUGGCCCACGACCGCCGGCCGGACUCCCUGCUCCGCGCCCUGCCCUGGCUGCUCACGGCCCUGGGCGCCUCCGCGCUGGACCUCGCCCUUAUUUUCCUGUCCUGUGUGAUGCACAGCAAAAUGAGGGGAGUGCUGGGCUUUUCCGCCGAGGCCGCGGAGACCCCCGACAGGCAGGCCCUGCUGCCCUUUGCUGAAAGAGAGGAAGAUGAGCGGCAGGAGGAAGUGGAGGAGGAAAAGAAAUCCAACUGGGUCCCGCUCCACAUGCUCCCCCACACCAAGUAUCUGCACAAGAUGGCGGCCAUCGGGCGUUACAUGGAGCUGACCAUCGAACACGUACAGGAGGCAGGCUGCAGCAGCGCGAGGUCGCUGGGGGACGGCCACGCCACCGCUGGGGACCCCUUCCUGCAAGCCCCCCCGUCCCUGCUGGAGCCCCCCACCUACCCCCCCAUCCAGGUCAUCCACGCCAAGGUGUCUUCCAGCAGCUCCUCCGAGGUGUCUUCCAUCAACUCGGAGCUGGAGCAGAAGUACUGGGAGGCCCUGAACUCGGAGCAGUGGGAUCGGGAAGAUGCGAACCUUCCGUGGAGCAGAGGAGGCUGGGAGACGGCCCGGCCUCUGGCCCAGGAGGGGCCGGGCCGCCAAACCCACCGAGCAGCAGCGACGCCCAGUGAGGCCGCCCACCGGGAGGCACCAUGAGGGAGCGGGCCUCCGGGGAGCUGGCGCCCGCGGGCCAGGGACGGCCUUCCGCAGACCUCCCCCAGGCGGCAAUGCCACGGGGGCAUUAGAGGGCAGGAAGACUCCCCGCGGAGAACGCUCUGCCAAUGGACCCCACAACGAGGGGCAAAAGAUGCCGAGGAGUGGGGGGGGCCGCGGAUCCGAGCCAAGCCUGGCCGACCCAGACUGUCCCCUGUGAAGGUGGCCCAGGCUGGGGUGCGGGAAGAGCCAGCCCUUCUCAGGGUCCGUCAGAACUGCCGGCCUGGAUCACUCGGCCUGCGCUGGGAGCCCGAGGGGUCCAGAUUGGCCACGGCAAGGGGAGGACCUCCCAUCCCGGUGGAUGCGGCCUCUGCGCCCCUCCCGUUCCCAGCGGGGUCGUCAGGGCCACCACUGACUCAGGAGAGCCUCACCUGUCCCCUCUGCACCAGCCAUUCGUCCAUUCAUUCAUUCACCAGCAUGUGUUAGGUCCUUCUGGAACCGGCUGCAGGGCUGGGGAAACUGAGGCUGAGAGAACUUCUGCCCUCAAGGAGAGGCUGCCUUCUGCGAGAAGCCCAGAGCUCCAGACCAGGCUGGAGAAGGUCCUUGCAGCGUCACUGUUGCAACAGGAGGGGAGGAGGGAGUUCUGCUCCUGGACUCGGCCUCCUGCGGACCAGCAGGGUGGGCAGAGUGGGGGCCGGAAGCGCCCACCCGGGGCUUUCCUCCGGCCUGUCUCCAGCCCAGCCCUGCUGGGAGAGCUCAGCGCUCCCCCCCAGCGGGGCCUUCACACCUGGUGAGAGCCCGAGUUCUCCCUGCUCCCCACAUAUUUGGGGGAAAGUGUGAGCCCACGAGGAGAGGAGGUAUCGGCACGGCCUUCCUCCAAACCUGACCUUCCCCCAAACCUGCCCUUCCCCGUGCCUCGCAGCCGAACUCCCUCGAAAGUCCCCGGGGAUGUCUUCGUGGCCACGUCCCGCCUUUUUUCAGCCCUCUUGCUCCCAGGAUCCCCAGCAGCCUCUGACGCUCUCCUUCCUCUCUGGGCUCCUCCUGUAAGAUGUCCCAGGUGUACAUGGGAGGCGCUGGCUUGUGGAGGAGGGGAGGGAGGAGCCUCAGAGGGAGCCUCAAGGCCUUCCUCCCUGCUGUCCUCCCUACUGUCCUCCCUGAGAGUCUGCGGGUCACAGAAGGCGCUUCCUCCUCCCGGAGCCAGCUCCCAUUCUCCUUUUCUAAUUAUUUUAAAGUGUCCCAAAGGGUUUCCAUGGACUUCGAACUCACUUUUAUUUAUAAAAAUAGGAAAAUGCCAUGUUUUCCACCGGGUUUCCAGAACACCACCGAGGGAGGCUGAAAGGCCUACCUUUGCAUGGCUGGUGGAUAGGGCUGAGAAGUGGGGGCCGGCUUCCCUGCGGGGAUGCUCCUCACAGGCCCCGGCAGCCCCCAAGCCAAGGACUCCCAGAGGGCCCAGAGCGGGCCCCUCACUGAGGCACUCUCAGCAUGGGGGGGGGGGGGCGAGGUCUUCCAGAAAUGUGGCGCCUCCCACUGCACGCUCUCCAAGCCCCCCGGAGUCUGGGAUCUUUUAGCCAGAGCAGCCAUGUUUUUGUACGAGGAAUCGAUAAAGUUUUCCCACAGUA